CUUUCCAAUUCUCAACUCUCAUGGGUAAUGAACAAGUGCAUUUCAAUUCCAAUCGAUCACAACUAUCUUCUAUUUAAAGCGCAGCUUUGGUUAAAGGCUCUUCAGUCUCAGUAUAUAGUCGAUUCCAAGUCUCCCCAGAAUCUGUAAUCUGCAACAAGAAAACAUCUUCCAAGUCCAGGAAAAAAAUGCCUUCCGGUCCAAAGAAAAGGAGAGCUGCCAAGAACAAGGAAGCUGCAGCCAAAGUUGUUUCAAGCAAUGCACAUGGUUCUGGAAAUACUGCGGAGUCUACGGAGAAGGCAUCAUUGACUUUGAUGAACACCAUUGUCAGCGAUGCUUCCACUAAUAAAGAACCAGAAAAGGUUGUGGAUGCAUCAUCUGCUCCCGAGGAAUUAUCUCGGGUAACCAAGGAGUGGGUUAAUGGCAAUGACGACGAAAAAGCAUCUAAAGUGAUCAAUGAAUGCUGCAUAGCUUCGUCUGAAUCAGUCCAGGGGUCUAAUGAAUCCCAAAUAUGUAACAAUGGCGGCCCCUCUGAGGGAAAAGCUGAACACAUUUCAAGCAUAUGUGUUGACAAUGUGAUCGGUGCUGAUGCCUCCAUCGGAACACUAGUUUCUGCAGACCCUCUGAAAGGGGAUGAUGAUGGGCCAGAAGAAAUUGGGAGUGCCACUUGCAUUGCUGAAUCUGAGGUGAAAGUCUCUGCGGAAAGUGUUAAAGACUCUGCCACCGUUGCGGCUACAAAUGCCUCCAUCGGAACACCAGUGGCUGCAGAUGUUCCUGAAGAAAUCGAGAAGGUAGCUUGCAUUGCCGAAUCUGAGGCGAAAGUCUCUCUAGAAAGUGUUGAAGCCACUGCCACCAUUACGGCAGCUGUGCAAAGUGAAAUCUUGGAAGUGAUCUGUCAGAAAGAUGAUAUUAGCAUGACAGAAAAGAAAGUGUCUAACAAUGAGAAGAAGGAUGCACCUGUGAUGUCGUCUGAGAUUGCUGCCAAGGAUGCUGAUGAGUUUUUUAUUCAGAAGGAUGGUGUUAAAGUGGUGAAUGGGAGUGAAAUAACGUGCAACGUCGAAGGGAAAGACUAUGGAGCUGAGUUUGAUGCUGAGUUUCUGACUUCUAAGAUAAAUGAAGUGGUCAGUAGCAUAUCAGUUGCUCAUGAUGGGAAAUUUAUAACCCAUCUUAAAUUGAUGUUUUCUGCCAUUGGCUUCAAAGAUUUUAAUGCUGCAGUAUUUGAUGAACAUUAUAGUAAGUUGAUGGAGGUGGUGGAACAAUUUGAACGUGAAGCUCAGGAGUUUAAGGCUGUUUUGUUCAUGCUCAGGAAACUUAAGAUGUCUGCUGCGGCUGCUCUUACUACCUGAUCCAAUUUGGCAUUCUCCCUCCUUUCUACUUCUUUGUAUGCUAUCAAGUAUUAAUACAUAUGGAUGUUUUAAAUGUUUUGUGAUGAACCUUUUGCAUCAGCAUUGUUUUGUUCAACUGUUUCAAUUUCUAAACACUUCAUGCUUUUUCCCUGCUAUUUAUGGAUACCUAAUUGGAAGGCC